CCCUUCAUCCAGUGGGACGCCCUGCCUCCGCAGGACACCUCCGCGGGCGGCGCGGGGGCAGGCGGAAGGGAGGAGGGCCCCGCGCUGGUGGUGCUGCUGGGCUGGCUCGGCGCGCGGCAGAAGCACCUGCGGAGGUACGCGGACCUGUACCGCGACCGCGGGGUCGGGUCCGUGCGGUUCGUGGUGCCCGUCCGCGAGCUCCUGGGGCUCGACCUCGGCCGCCGCGUCGAGCGCAGGGUCGCCGACCUCUCGGCCGAGAUCGCCGCCUGGUGCGACGCCGACCGCAGCCGCACGCUCCUCUUCCACACCUUCAGCAACACCGGCUGGCUCGCGUAUGGUGCGGUACUUGAGAAUCUACAAUCAAGAGCUGAUAUAAUUGAGAGGAUAAAGGGAUGUAUUGUAGACUCGGCGCCAGUUCUAGAGAUUAGACCAGAGGUCUGGGCUGCUGGUUUCUCUGCUGCCAUGCUGAAGAAAAGUAGUUCUUUAACAGGACCUUCAGCUGACUCCCCUGAUGGAUCUACAUUGAAUGGUGCCUUGAACAAAGUUACUUCUGUCUCAGAGUUAACGAAACCAUCAUGGGGUGAAACUUUUCUUCUUUCAACCCUUCAAAAGUUCUUUGAGAUUGUCCUUCACCUACCUGAUGUAAACCGGAGAAUGCACAAGGUCCUCUCAGUUCUUUCAGAUAAGCAGCCGCCCUGCCCCCAGUUCUACCUGUACAGCUCCGCCGACAGAGUGAUCCCUGCCGAAUGCGUAGAGAGCUUUAUCAACAUGCAGAGAUCACUCGGGGUGAGCGUCUCAGCACACAAUUUUGUCUCGUCGCCACAUGUGGACCACUACAGGAGCUUCCCUCACCUGUACUCUGCCAAGAUUGACGAGUUCCUGAAGGUCUGUUCCCCAGUUAGUGUAUGAUGAUGAAUCGACGAUUAAUCUUGCUGAAGAUCUAUUCCCCACUUAGAGAUGAGUUGAUGGUUAGUCUUUGGACCAACACGGUGGUUGAAGAUUCUAGUGAAAAUUUGAUCGGUUUUGUAUUUUUUAGCGUACGUAGCGCGCGUACGGUGUAGGAUGCUUCUACAUGGGUGUUUGAAGAGGGGUCAUAUCGCCGCAUCCAUGUGAGCUCCAUAUACUCAAACUCAAGCAACUCUUUGUAGGUACGUGAUGAUCGAACUGUCUAUUCCUUUUGGGGGAAUUGUAUUGUCCAUUCUUGGGAUAAUCUUAGUAUAUGUUAAGCACAGGUGCCUAGUUAAGCAUCUUAUCUACUCUGCGAGGCAAGAAAAAGCUGUUUUCUUUUGCCAAUGAUUAUGUAAUAACGAGAUCAUGCUAGUCUUUUCUUGAUGAAAUCGCAUAUAAUUUUUGCUGAGUUGAAAGACA